GCGGCCACGUGCCCGCCGCUGGUUGCAGGGGGAGCCCCGGUAGCUGAGCCCGGCGCACCGGCUCCACGCACGGCUCUGCCCCGCUCCCGGGCAGGCCUAGCAUGGGUGAACCGGGCGAAGGGAAGGGGCCCAAGCCUGCUGCCUUGAGAGGCUAGUUUUCGGAACGCUUCUCAACACCACUACAUGAAGAUCUGUUUAGAAUUUCAAGGAGGUGGAAUUAGACUGAACGCUGCUCAUUUCAAGCAACUUAUUAUUUCAGCACUGAGGAAUUGCAUGGGGAGUAGGCAAAUGUAUGAAAUCCCAUCUUCACUGCAGUUUCUGAUGUGUAUUCAGAGUCUUCUGACCCUGAAGUUUCUUGUGCUGCAUACACGAUUCAUCAGGACCGAACAUUAUUUUAGCAGGGCAAAGGAUUUUGUUGGUGCAGCCUUGCCUGUUGAUGUCUUAACAUAUGAGGAAAAAACCCUAUCUGCAAUACUAAGAGUUCCUAGCAGUGGCCUUGUCAAGCUGUGGAGUGCUCUAACACUGCUGGGCUCCUACCAGAACAGGAAAUGUGCUUUCAGAGUGAUACAGACCUCUCCAUUUCUCCUUGCGUUAUCUGGGAACAGUAGAGAACUCAUCCUGGAUUGAGUACACAGGAGACAUGGUUGGACUGUAAG